AUGCAAGAGCAUUCCACUACCGACCUGACAAACAUUUGUUACGAUGUAACGAAACAAAGAUCCCUUUUCCUUUGCAUAUUUGGCUCAUGUCAGUCACGAUACUACGGUCCGGCUCUCGCCAGUGCCAUCAUCUCCUGCUCUGGCCGAGGAGCAAACAUCAGCCCCCUUCUUCCAGUCGAGAUCCAAUCCGAAAAACUCUCUGGUCGUCAGAUUUCGGAAGAUUCUGGUGACUCUGGCUCUAUUUCAAGCUCGGAUAUCAACAAUGAAGGCAUUGACCACAAGCUCACACUUGCUCUCUCUUGCAAUGCUGGUCCUGAUGGAGUUGUGACGGUUUCUCUAUCAUCUCCUCCGACAUUUGCCACCCACAUUCCUGACGCUGCCAGAUUCCCAGAUGACCUACUCAGCCGUCUUGGCCUUGUUGGUUCUUCGACUUCCGUCGGUUCAACCGUUACUCAACCCCAAGGCCGACCUGCUCUGCCUACUACAAACAGUGGGCAGUUGACUGCAUACAACAGCGACCAAGGCGGGCAGGCGGGACAGCGUGGGCAAGCCGGGUCUGCGUCUGCAAUGGGGAUGGACAGCUGCAGCUGCUCGCAAGAAGCAAAGCCCACAUCUAUGCAAAGUGUCAGCGCCUGUGAGGCCACGACUCGACAGAAGUCUACACAUGCAACAGCUGCUAGCACUUCUACUCAAAGUGCUACUACUUCGUCAUGUGAGGAUUCCGGGAAAGCUGCGGGGAUGUCUGCGACACCAACAUCCCGCCCAUCAACAUCAAACUCAUCCACAACAAGUUCCUCGUCAGCAUGCAGCUCGUCUUCCACUUCUGAGGCAUCUUCUUGCAAGACACGAGAGACCACCACUGCCUAUGUUUCAAAAGCUGAGACGACGUCUACACUUUGCUCCGGAGACACCACUUAUGAAGGAAGCAGGCAGGUUCCGAAGUUCUCUGCCCAAAGGACGUUCUCCAAUACUACGACUGAGUCUUCGACACUCACGCUAUCACCUACCUCUGAAUCAGAGACAAGCUCGAGCUCCAGUUGUGAAACAACAUCUGUCUCCUCGGCUAUGGUCUCAUCUAUUUCCAAAUCUGGCUCGUCAGCUAUGUCCUCGUCAAAAACUUCAAGCACGUCUUGUUCGACAACUUUAGCUUCGUCUUCAGCUACCUCUACAAAUUCCUCCACGACUACCUCCACAGCUUCAACAACGUCGCCAGAAUCGGUCAAAAGCUCCAACGAAGCUGAAAGUGUCUGCUCUACCUCUUCCUCAUCCAGAACCACCAAAACAUCUCCAUCUUCUACUACGUCAAGCACAGUCUCCACGAGGCAUUCAGUAUCACAGUCUUCCCAGCCACCUGCAUACACCAAAGAGGACUUACCCCAAGCCUAUGGCACUUUAACAUCUAUGGCACUGCCCUCUUAUGCUGAUCUCACUCCUCCCAAAUACGGCGCUAGUGCCUCGCUGCAAGCCGAGUCCGUCUCUUCUCAAUCGAGUUCAUCUACAAGUGCAUCUAGCACGUCAAGUGUCUCUGCCUCGACAUCUCUUUCCUUUUCUUCCUCUUCCUCUUCUUCUUCUGAUUCCUCUUCCUCUUCUGAUUCCUCAUCAUCUUUCUCCCCGAGCAUCACAACAGACUCGAUGUCCUCCUAUGGGUACAAUUUUCAAGACGCAAGUCAGACAUCAGUACCAACAUCAACGAUAUCGAUACCACAAGGCAAGCCGGCUCAGACUGCCUCAGCUGAGGAGCGCACGGAUAGUGCCGUAUCCUUUCUCUCGUCUGAACCUGGCCACGAGGUAGAGAAUACAGCCAGCAGCGCAAGUAAGAGCCAAAUUCCAGGAAUCGAAACAGUACCUGUGCCGAGCAAGAGCUCUGCACCAGUAACGAGACAGCCCACUGCAGCCACAGAGGUGCUGACGAUCGGAGGCGGGCCACCUGUCAUGUCCGUGACAAUAAUCGAGCCAGACGCAGAUGGAAACCUUGAGACGUCUGUCCUUACGCUUUCGGAAGAGUCGCCUUGGCAAACGCCCGCGCCAAGAGUUCGAGAUAUCAAGGAUGGCAAUCUACGCGCACGGGUAGAUGGAAACCGAAUGGGCCUGGCAUUAGGACUUCCGACACGAGAUCCCAGUGCACCGGCUACCACAAUGCCACCAGUGCGUACUGGUAAUAACACGUCUAUUUCGCCGGAUGCCGCCUCAAAUGCUACAGAGACCUUGGCAGACGUCCGAGGGAUGCAUACUCCAUCGAGUGUACCACUUGACUCGUCUUCGUCCGUGGUAAAGUACUACCUUGACAGAAUUGUCUUUGUUUUUAUGGCUUGGGUGAUUGGCAGGUGGAUCUCAAGUUGA